AUGGGCAUCGUCCGCGCCCGGCGCCAGAGCGCGAGCGUGUCGGUCGACCAGAGCCAGAGGGACGACGUCCUGUCGCGGUUCGUGGCGAGCGCCGAGCAUAGCGACGAGGCGCUGAGGGACAUCAUGCUCAGCUUCCUCAUAGCCGGGCGGGAGACCACGUCGUCGGCGCUGACGUGGUUCUUCUGGCUCCUGUCGACGUCGCGCCCUGCCAUGACAGCGCGCGUGCUCGCCGAGGUCCGCGCGGCGCGGGCCUCCACGGGCACGCGCCCCGGCCUGCCACUCGGCUUCGACGCGCUGCGCGGCAUGCACUACCUGCACGCCGCGCUCACCGAGUCGAUGCGGUUGUACCCGCCGGCGCUGCUCGACUCGCAGUCGUGCGCCGCGGACGACACGCUGCCUGAUGGCACGCGCGUCGGAAAGGGUUGGUCUGUCACCUACAGCGCUUACGCCAUGGGCUGGCUCUCGGCCAUAUGGGGCGACGACUGCGCCGAGUUCCGGCCGGAGCGGAUGUGCCUCGGGAAGGAGAUGGCGUACGUGCAGAUGAAGCCCGUCGUCGCUAGCGUGCUGGAAGAGUUCGUGGUCGACGUCAGGAAGGAGGUCGCCGGCGGCGGCGUGCCGGAGCACGUGCUCUCCGUGACGCUUAGGAUGAAAGGGGGCUUGCCGGUGCAAGUGAGGAGAAGGGAGCAGGAUGGAAGUGCUGAAUGA